AUGGUUAUUCCUCUGGGAGCCGAACCCCCGGCGGCUAUCCCAGAGGUGGUGAAGACCAGGCAUGUCUACGGCUGGUAUUUGGUGCUGCUCCUGCUGGCUGGCCUGGCCAUGGCCCAGGUUGCAGCAGGAGAUGCCUUCGCAGGUCUUAUCUUUCUGAUCAUGGCUGGUUUCGUUAUUUAUUUGGUGCAGGAUGCCUGCAAGCACAUGACAAUGUAUUGCCUAUUCAUGCUGGGAAUAAUGGCCACCUUUCAAUGCUUUUUUGACACGCUGGCACUCAUGAGUGUUUUGGGUGGCCGCGAGACCUCUGUAUCUUCAGUGCAAGGCACUGAGGACAAUGUAACUGUCAUAACAAGAAUCACCGAGCACCCCUUCUUCGAUAAGUCCAUGGGCCAGCAGUACAACACCCAGUCUGGCGUUAUACUGGCAAGCCCACUUGUGAUGUUGCUGUUGGCUUCAAUGUGCUACCUGUCCUACAAUGCCUUCUCAGAAUCUCUCUUCGACCACGACGACGAAGCUGGGCCCAUCUACGAAGGUUGGGGAGCCGGUGCGAGAUAUGGUACCCAAGCAAGCGGGGAGAGGACUCAGCCGCCACCACCCCGGCUGUUCGAGGGCCAUGGACACAGGCUGAGCACGUGA